AUGGUGCAGAAGCUCUACGAAACCGAUUACUGUUGCGGUAUUUGCCCCAGCCGCUUGUCUAAACAUGUCAACGUCGAUGAGGGACGGUCCUCUCUCGAAGCGGAAGUCUGCGACAUCCCCAUCAUCCAGCGCCAUCCCGAUUCUGAUCAGCACGUCACCAGCAGCAUCACCGUCAACUGCCCCAGCAUGCGUGACGUACUCACAAAAGCACUCGAGAACUAUUAUCAAGACCCAGACACACUCACCGCCGAGAACUGGACUUUUAAUGCCUCCUUCCAGCCGCUGGUUCACUGCUGGAAGAUUCUCAUUGAAAUUCACGAGUCCAUCCAGGCACUCCUGAGCGACGGCGAUGAUGCGGAUGAGGUCACCGCGAGGAAGAAAGCCUCCAACAACCUCAUCGACUUUCUAAACCCACUAUUGGAGUCCUCCAUUAUCACUCUUGACGAGACGCUCGGGACUGGGCGUGUCAGACAUGAGAACCUGUGGCAAAUCUUCCCACCCGGUGAGCUGGUCGUCACCAAAUUCUUCGGCGUCGAGACGCUGUGCCGUGUUUCCCGGAAGCACAGCUUGAGCUCCGACAGCAGCAACAUGUGGGUCAUGUGCGAGUACGUUGAUUGGAAUGGCCAGAUGACCGGGAUGAAGGAGACGUGGGUCACCAUCAAGCACUUCAAGGGAAGACACAAGGUCAGGAACUUAAGCGUGUACCCACUCUCGAUGGCGGCCGAUCGAGAGGGGAUCAAGGCCAGAAUGCUGGCCAGAGGAAAGAGAUGGGAGGGGCUGAGAGGUUACCGAUAUCAGCAGUACAAGGGGCACAAGAUCGCCUUCAAGGUUGGGGAGGAGGAUGUUCAGCUUAGUAUGUCUGGGAGAGUUGUCAUUGACCCUUAUGCCUACUACCAUAGCGAGAACAAACCUGUCCCUGAGGUCGCUUCGUUGGAGAAUGAAGAGGAAGUAGCGAAAGAAUCACCUGUAGAGGAGGAAUCAUCAGGAUCCAAGGACGAGAUGGCCGCUACCAUCGUCAACCUUCAGACUUCGGACCGGGUCGACGACUCCAUCCUUCCGGAGUUGUCCGACGAGCAUCUUCUACUGACUACCCCCUGGCUUAUCGGAUUCGACAUCAAAGCAAAGGACUGA